AGCAGUUGCAACAUCGUAGCAAAAACCCUGUGUCCCCGCUGCACUGCAGUUCGAGAAGACUCUUAGCACGGAUUUCUAUUUUUGGUGUUUUUUCUAUACCAUUACCUAUAUCUUUGGAAUACUGAUUACACCCAUUGGAAAUUAAGGACAUGUUUCGUUUUUCUAAAUAAAGGAUUUUAAAUGCUCUACACUGCGUGAUAUAUGAAGGACAAGCAGCUGCAGAUGGAGCCCAGGAUUCCACACCACAUCUCUGGAGUUUCUUCUUCGGUUAUGGUACAGCCUUUACUAGACGGCCGGGUGCCCUAUGGCCGGCUGCAGCAACCCCUGACCAUCUUGCCCAUUGACCAGAUGAAGACGACCCACAUUGAGAACGAUUACAUUGACUGUCCGGUGGUGGCACAACGGCCAGCCAAUCAGAAGCCGCUCAGAGGGGCCCAUGAAUCCCUCCUGAUCAGCCACCACCACCAGAGCCACCACCCACACACGCAGAGGUGCGACCACCACGACAUCACUCACCCAUGGAUAUCGUUCAGCGGCCGCCCCAGUUCCAUUAGCAGUGGCAGUAGCACCUCAUCGGAUCAGAGGCUACUGGACCAUGCAGCCCCUCCCCCGGUGGCUGACCAGACCUCCCACAGGACUGUCAGCAUGCAGCCCAAGCCUUUGAACUCCAAGCCCUUAGAUCUCAAGGGGGCCGUGACCCUGGAGAGCAUCAAGCAGCACAUGCUGCGCUGUGAGGAAUGUGGGAAAUGCAAGUGCACAGAAUGUAUGCUUCCCAGGGCCUUGCCCUCCUGUUGGGUGUUCAACCAGGAGUGCCUGUGCUCAGCCCAGACCCUGGUGGACUCCGCCACGUGCAUGUGCCUCGUCAAGGGAAUAUUUUACCAUUGCACCACGGAUGAAGACGACGAAGGCUCCUGCGCCGACCGCCCCUGCUCCUGCUCCCAUUCCAACUGCUGUGCCCGCUGGUCCUUCAUGGGGGCCAUGUCUCUGGUGCUGCCCUGCCUUGUGUGCUACCUGCCAGCGAUGGGCUGCCUCAAACUGUCGCAGAAGUGCUACGACAGAACCAGCCGCCCCGGCUGCCGUUGCAAGGACUCAAAAGCCUGCAAAGCAAUGGAGGUUAAAGCAGGCAGCCAGGGGAAACCGUCCUGAUAUGACAUGUGCUUUUUCUUUGUGUGUUGAAUUGUGAAGAGUUCUUAAUCCCCCACUCAUUUCUGAAAGCGUCAAUCCAGUAUAGUUGGAUAACAGCAAUUCUGGUACUUAGGGUUAAACUCCCUCACUUUUUAGUGAAGGUAAUAUUAUGCUAAAUUAUAAGGACUCUUGGCUCAGAUGCCUAAAAUCUUGUUCAACACAAGCGCAUGGUUAAAGGCACACUUUGUGCAAUUUUAAAGUUUAUGGUUCAACAACACAGGUUCUGCUUCGAUGAGGUUCAAUAUGGAAAUAAAAAAAAAAUACAACCCACAGAGCUUUACAUUUCCUUUCCUCCGCAGGCAACGCAAUGUAAAGCAGGCUGGGGAAGGCAAAGGGGUUUCACUCACUACCCCGUUUCAUUAGUAUUAAUUCCACGGCCAAUUGGGUGAAUUCCACAUUUCUUAACAAAGAAGAAGCAGCAAACGGGGAAAAGGGAACGUUAACAAUCUGUCAGAAGUGAAUUGUGUGAAAAUGAACAGAUUCAAGCCCACUCAAUGUCACCCAUCUGACAUUUAAAUAAUGUCGUUGGUUUCAACUUGUGUGAGUCACUUCUCAUCACACUCAUUCGUCCUCACCACAACUCCUUCUAACAAUUUCCCAAAGACCUUUGUUUUGUAAAGGUGUGUGGUAAGCCCUUUUUUAGUGUGAACCUGUUAUUAACACGCAAGCCAGGUUUUCUGUGCCGCUCCUGCAUUUCGAUAUGAAGGAGCUCCUCAGGGAUCAGUUUAUCUAGUUCUCAUGCGCAGUGUUGCAUUAACAAGGGUCUUACUAAACAAGCAUCUAUGAACACAACGCUUUUUCAUUUUGCAUUUCCCCAAAAAUGUGCACAACAUCAAGAAAUCAAGGUAACACUACAGAAAAAAGCACAGUAUAACAGACAUGGUAAAAAUGUGUUUUUUUACAUUUGACCAUCCUGUAUUGCAUUGCCAAGCAUAAUAUUAUAUUCUUGCUGCUCAACUGUACCUGUCUUGUAUAAUAAUAUUGAUAAUAAUAAUAAUAAUAAUAAUAAUAAUAAUAAUAAUAAUAAUAAUAAUAAUAAUAAUAAUAGGUGUCUAUGUUACUGUAAAUAUGUUUUUUGUUUAAAAAGUCUAUUUUAUUGUUUAUAUUCAGGGGUUAAAGCCAAAGGAGUAUUUUGCUAAAUUCUAUUGAAGGGAUAUUUUUGUGUGCACUCAAAAGUGAUCAAAUUGCUCUUAAAGGUACAGUGUCCUUUCUGCAGGGUGAUCUGAUUCAGCAGAAGGGAAUGCUGUGUCAGUAGAUUUCUAACCCCCUAGCUGGCCCCUGCUGUUUAUAUAUGAUGAUGUUUGUACUUGUGUACUUGCACAAAGCAGAGACAACCAUGAGAAAAAAAACAAACCACUGUGCUGUUAUAUGAAUGUAUCAGGCAAUAGUAUUUAAAGCGGCAGUGCACUGUUUUGCUAUUCCUUUGAAUGGUUGAUGCCAAAAAAAUCAGCUCAAAACCCUACUAAAGGACAAAAUUGUUCUUGCCCCUUUAAAAGAAAAAAAGACCUAUGCAGGUUGUAUUUUUGUUGUAUAUAGUUUAAAGACAGAUUUUUUAAAAUAAAAAAAAAUGUUAUAAGCUUA